CUUCUCCUCACUUCUCUUGUGCGGUUCACCGGGGCGUCCUCACAAUAACGGCACUGACAGCAGGAGAAGUCACUUCAGCCUUACACCGAGCAACAAACGGACCUGUAGCUGCGCGCACAAACACAUCCACACUCCAGUCGCUUCCUGAAGUGCGUUUUCGCGGAAAUGGUUCACCUGAAGUUGUCCUUCGGAUGGUGAAAGUUUGGAGUUGGAGACAGCAGGGAGACGCUUCAAAUGGAGAGAGGGUGAAUCAAUCCUUCUGGAUCAUAGAAGUACACCAAGGGCGUAGCUCCAGUGUGAGGAGGUAUGUCAAACCGUGACUCGCUGGGGUUCGGGGAACUCCUUCCCCAGGAUGUGGUUGAUAUUUUUGCACAGGAGAAGCACAGCAAAAGGGGUCGGAAGAAGCGUAGUCACUCCCUGGGCCGGGCUCUGGUCUGGCUGAAGGGGAAGAAGAAAAAGAAUAGCUUGGGUCUUGGUCCUGCGCUUGACUUGGCUCUGGACGGACACCCUGCUGGCCAUCAGGGUGGACACAAGGGAGGACAUAAGUCAAGCAGACUGGCUCAUCUACAAGGUAACAAUCAUGCUGUCCCAAAGCGAGAUGAUAAUGACAAGACACCGGCCCCCCCGCUGUUACAGGAGAAUGUGUUCAUCGAGGCCAGCAGACCUGAGUACCUGGAGAACCUCCACACUGAGGCCCUGGAGGGACUGAAAAUGAUGCAACAGGAAGAAACCAAUAAUGGAAUGGAGUUCCAGGACAACCUGAGCACAAUUUCGAAUAUGACAGACGGGGAAGGUGGAGGGUUUAUGACGGACAGCACUAUUGCUGACUCAUCUUCUGUCGUCUCGGUACAAUCAUCUGUGUCCACGAGGUCUUCCCGCUCUGGUCUCACCAGACAAGGGUCAACAUUCAGACCCUUGAAUUCUGGGAAAAAGUCAGAAAAGACCAGGACAAGGAGAAAACACAGGAAGACUGUCGGGGGAAUCCCGCAGCAUGUUCAGAGAGAACUGGGUCUGGACAGAGUGGGAUGGUCACUGACUCAGAGGUUAGAUGAGGAGCAUCUUUAUAAUGGGGAAUCUGACGACAGCCCAACAUAUUAUAGGCCUCAGCAUAGAGCAGAGUCACAAACCAGAGCUGGAGCCAGCCAUCAGGACUCAAACCUCAUCCAUCCCCUCCACAAACACCAUCUUGCGCGGCUCGGUGCCCCCAAUGCUGGUCAUAGGGAUGACCUGGCCCUGCUGCAUUGCCUGGGCCCUGAGUUGUCAGAUGGGCAGAGGCCCCACUCCAUGGCCGUUCCCGGGAUGACCACUUCUAACAGCCUCCAGCCGGAGCUGCCCAGCCCUGUCAUGUCCAUGUCCCCCCAGGCUGCAUACAUGUCCAAAAUCAUUCCAAAUGCUGUGUUGCCACCCUCCAUCGAUGUGGUGGAAAUCAGCCGUGGACGGAGCCGCAACAGCGUCCGCACCGUCAGCAAGAGCAGCCUGGUGCUGUCCAGCCCGGCCUCCUCCAGGGCUUCCUCAAGAGCCUCUUCCUCAAGAACCACUUCCUCCAGAGCCUCCACCAUCACCUCUGCCUCCCGCAACAAUCGUCACAAUAUGUCCGACAGCUCUUGUUGGAGCAACUCUGAGUCCUCAGACACCUUGGUAUCAGACUCCUCCACCAUCUCAAGCAGCAGCACCCCAAGGCAGAAGAGGUCCCAGGAUGGAGACAAAAUCAGUGUUCAUUCCUCCAUCAGCAAGGCUUCAAAAUGCAACUCCAAUGGCAAGGUCAUUGUUAAAGGAGACGAGGUUAAAAAGGAGGCGCCGUUUUCACGUAGUCUCUCCGUCAUGAAGCCCAAGAGGGCUCCUCUUCCUCCGAGCCGCACCUAUUCCCUCAACAAUAAGAUGAAGCGGCGGUCAAGGGAUCUGGCAGAAGUUAGGGUCAACUCAAGGGAAUCCUCUCUAAAUAACACCUCAGCUUCAGGUGAGGAACAUGAAAAAAACAAAUUGGGAUCUUCUCCUUCCAGCCCCGGAUAUACCGCUGACACCAGCUCAUUGGAUGACUCUACGGGCUCUGUGUCAUUAAGCCCCAUCAGAUUCCAGGCCCGAAAAGCAGAGGAAGCUGCAAAAGUGGUGUUUUUAAAAGACGCUUCAGAAGAGAAGGGUCCGGGGAGUGAGCUUAGCAAAAUAGUCUCUCCGUCCAGUGGCUACUCCAGCCAAGAAGGCACAUCCGCACAGGUUUCCAAAGAGUCCCACAGCUCCUCUCCGAGGCACAAGAGAGGCAUCUUAGGAAAGCUUCAAAGGUUAUUUCCUGGGUCUGCUUCAACGCCACCCCCUCCCCCAGAGGAACUCAAACGUGUCACCACGGUUGAAACUGCCAGCCCUUCUGUAAGGGCCUUGAGAGAACUCUUCAACAUCCCUCCACCACCUAAAGUCCACGCACCUCCACCGCCUCCUCCAGAGGUGUGGGCUCACAGCAAGCGUUCAUUUGAGCUGUUGCUGGGACCCCCGGCGCCUGAUAACCUUUACGCCAUCAUAAAGAGAAAUCCAAAGGACAGGAGACCACAGAGGCAGUCUCCUUCUGCAUCUGCAAAGAAUCUGAAUGUAACAGUGGAGUCCAUUAACGGAGCCCUCCGUGUUCUGGAAACAAAGAAAGGUCUAGAAAGUGGGAUUUUGAGUGCAGAGGUCCACAAAGAGAAUGGGGACACACUGUCUCAGCAGAACGUUGAUUUGAAAGGAAAAGGGAAAGUGACAGAAAAAACAGAGAAAGUGAGAGCAGGUGACAUAGUAAACAGUAUGUUAGUGAAGGCCGUAGAGAAGCGUGAAGGAAGGCUGUCAGUAGUGAGGGAAGAAUCCUCCACACCAGAUACCGAUGGAAAGACUAACAUGGAUACGUUAGCCACCAUUUCAUUACCACGCAUUACUCCAUCUCCCUCUCCUCCUCCGGCGCACCAUCCUCCCCAACCCCGCCCCACCUCAGUUGUUGUGUCUCCUGAGGUAUCCUGGCCCCCACCACCACCACCAAUGGCAAAAGUGGGCCUCAAUGGGCCUGAUAACGUUGACUUCCCUCUCCCGCCUCCGCCCAUGUUCGGUGAGGUGGGGUUCGUGUUACCUGUUCAGGUGCCCCCAAAGAAUUCCUCUUCUGGUGGUGGUUCCUCGUGUACAACUACGUCCCUUAAAGUGGUGAUCACAGACGCUGACCCACAGAAUCCAAGCACACACCAGGGACCUCCACCCCUGAAUAUCCCCCCUCCCCCACCAUACAUGGCUCCCCCUCCACCAGUUAAAGUAGUGUCCCCUCCUACAAUUAAAAAUGUCUCUUCUCCACCUAAACAAGUCACUCCACCACCACCUAAAGUUACUUCCCCUCUGCCCAAAUCUAGGGAUAUUUCUCCCCUGCCACCACCUAAAGAAACUUCCCCUCCACCACCACCUAAAGAGGUCUCUUCUCCACCACCACUUAAAGUAACUUCUCCUCCGCCCAAAUCUAAGGAUAUUUCUCCUCCACCACCAGCUAAAGAAACUUCCCAUCUGCCACCACCUACGAAGGUUUUUCCUCCACCAUCACCUAAAAAUACUUCCCCUCGGACAUCGCCGAAACAAAUUUCCCCUCAACCAUCGCCUAAGUGUAUUUCUCCUCCGUCACCACCUAAGGAGGUUUCUCCAACGACACCAAAAGAAAUUACUCCUCCGCCCCUUGUUAAGGUUACCUCUUUGGCACCAGAGGAGGUCCUCCCUGCUCACGUUAAUGACGUCUCCGUCACAUUGGUCACGGUGGUAUCUCCUCCACCAGUUAGGGAGGUCUCCACUCCACCAGAUAAUGAAGAUUCCCCUCAGCCUCCUGAAGACGUAUCCUCUCUGUCCACUGAAGAAGUGUCUCCUCCUUCCGGUCAAGAGAAGGCCUGUCAAUCUACUGACGAGGCCACACCUGCUAAGACCUUUACUCCACCACUAAGUAUUCCUCCUCCACCUGCCCUUCCGUCAGAUCCCAAUCCACCAGAGCAAGAACUUGAUCUGCCCAGGGAGAGCACUGUGGUUACAUCUGAAACUAACUCGGUUUCAUCUCACAGUGUUCUCACUCCCCCUCAGAGUAUUCCCCCUCCGCCUCCUAUACAGCUCCUCCACCACCCUCAGGUUGUACCUGUGAACACCGAUGAUCCAGCGACGAAAGAAGCCCCAGAAGUCUCUAGCCCACCAGAAAAGGCUGAAGAACCUGCUCCUUCUCCACCUGUAAACAUUCUGUUACCUCCACCUUUACCUGGCCUUGCCAGCAUUAAGGAGCAGCAUAUUCCUGUAAGCACAGAAACACAAACCCCAGAGCCCACCUCUGCCCCUGCUGCACCGGAGGGACCCUCCCUCAUUGUCAGCCCCUCCCUUCUGCAGAUGGUCAAGCUGCGGUCAGUCAGCAGCAGCCCUGAACCUCCUAAAGCUCAGGAGCCAGCAGAGGCGGAGGUCACCAUGAGGAAUCAGCAGCCCAACAACCCUGCCCCCACUUCCUCUGCCAGUGGUGAAGCUCCUCAGAAGCCCAUCAGAAGGUCUCUGAUCAUCCUCUCUCCACCAACCAGCUCUUCACCUUCUGCCUCCCCCCCUCCCACAGUCACUGAACCACCAGCGCUGCCACAGUCCCACUCUGCUCUGGUUCUACCUGCAUGCCCAUCCCCAGUCGUGUCCCCAAUGACAAAGUCUCCACCUGCCAUGACGGCCUCUCCUUCCAUGAACCUGCAGGAGGCCAUCCGCCUGAGGACAGCGGCCAGGUCAAAAGCCAGCCCCGCAUCACGCCUCAGCUUGCACUCCCCAACGUCGCCAAAAGACCCCCACAAGUCCCCCUCCAGCACAGCAAGCUUUAUCUUCUCCAAGAGCAACAAGAGGGUGGUGAUCGAGACCAAGCCAGCACCGGAGGACAUGGCCACCAUACAGAAGGUGGCAGGUGAAGCAGAGUGGGUCAAGAAGGAAGUUAAGGUGCCACCACCAGUUGCAAGGAGACCAAAAACGAAGGGGAAGGAGAUCGAGGACAGUGAAGGGACGGAGCAAACUGCAGGACAGGAAGCACUGCAAGACAGUGGCAAUGAUGCUACGGAGAAAACGAAUGGGACAGCAGGUACUGUUGAAGGAGGAGAGACGCCAUCGACAUGAUUGUAAAGACUGAAGGAGACCUGGGAAGGACUUACCAGUAACACUGAAUAUGCUGCAUGUGGUCUUUGUGUGAGAGGCAAGACACUGGAUUUGGUUGGAUGAGAUGCUUAUCUCAAGGAUUGCAUUUGGAAAAGUUCUGGAUUUUAAAGAAAACCCUCUGACUUUAAUGUUAAUGGUGUGGGUCUUCAUUUUCUCAUGUUUCAGUUUGCAUUUUACAAAGAAUGAACAGCAUAUUUUGUUUUGCCAGAGGGGCUUCUGAGCUUUCUGUUGCAAGAGAUGGGAAUAUAUCGCCCUCUAGUGUCACACGUUGAUUGUACCACUUCUGUCCUGCUGAAUCCGUUUUAGAUGUAAUAAUGGGACUUUUGGGCGCUCCUCUGUAAAUAUAGCAUGAUUUUGUACAUUCAAUUUAUCCAGCAUUGAUGGAUCUAUGCUACAGAGUUUGUUCUUUAUUUUCCCCAAAAGGGUUUCCAAAUCAAUUAUAUUUGUUAAAAAGUAUUAAUUAUCUUAAGUUAUUUGUUUCCUGUGUUCAUAUUCAGAGGCUCUCCACACACAGAAUGUGAGUUAUUCCUGUGUAUCAUCAUUUAAAAUUAAGUUUGUUUGUAUCCCUUAAUCGUGUCCAAAUAUUUGUUCUCUAAAAUCCCACGUGUUUUUAUGAUUAAAAGCUCUAUGUGAGUGACCGUGAGAUGUCACAGAACCAAUGAGCAGACCUGCAAAGCAAUAUAUUUUCUGCUGCUUUUUGUUACUGAUAAUGGAGGCUUUGCCCUUUCUCAGUUAAUGCUCAAACAGUGGGAUAUUUCUGUAUUGAACUAUAAUAUAUUUCAAACUGGUUUCAGACACUGUAUUGUAAUAAAUCAUUUAUAAUCGAAAGAAUAAAGAUUUAUGGACGGAUCAAAUCGUCAAAUGGA